AUGGAAGGCGGCGCAGAGCAGUGGGCCGGAAAGUGGACCCGCGCCAUCUGCGAGCCAACCGAGGGGCAUCUCUGGGAGGCGGACCACAUCAGGGAGGUGCGGCACGGCGGCGGCGAGGCGGGACUCGCCAACUUCCAGCCGCUCUGCGUCGCCUGCCACCAGCUCAAGACGAACCGCAACUCAGCGGCGGAGGCGAGGCGCCGCCGCCAAGCCGCCUUCCAAGAGCGCGAGACGCCGCCGUCCAGCCCGCCCCUCACGCCCACGCAGCUGUCAGCGGCGCGGAAGCGUGACGCAUCGGGCGAGAGCAGCGACGGCGCGGAGUGCGACGCUGCCGCAUCGGACUCGGACUCGGACGCGUCUCUGCUUGACUUGGCGCUGCGGGCUCAGGCCGCCGGGGCAGCGGGCGCCGCGAGCGAGUCUCGUCCCUAG